AUGAGUGGAUGUGGAGGUUACUGGGAUAUGGUAGAUUGCCUAGUUGAGGAAUUCGAUGCUCAACAAGUACUACCGAAAUUAUUUAUAGGAUCAGCACAGGCUGCCAACUCUGUUAGCAGUCUCAAAGAUCACAACAUUACACACGUGCUUUCGAUUUCUACGAACCCACCAGCCUAUGGAAACGACAAUCACUUCAAAUGUCUUUCAAUCUCAAUCGAAGACGAGGAGAAGAAAGAUUUGAAAUCGUAUUUCGAUCAAGCACACAAGUUUAUCGAUCAAGGUAGAUCUAUCGGUGGUAUUCUUAUUCAUUGUUCUGCUGGUGUAUCGCGAUCUGCCACCAUUGUAAUUAGCUAUUUAAUGUCAUUUUUUUUCAAACCAUUUAUGUAUUGCUUCCAAUACCUAAAAUCGAUUCGUCCAUGCAUACAACCAAAUCGUGGAUUCAUUUCACAAUUGAUCUCCUACGAGAGUCUGUUACUCUCUAAAACCACACAGCAUCUUCAACAACAGGUAUCUUCACAGUUGCAAACGAAACAACUGUGUUGUAGUGAUAAUAAUAAUUGUUGUAAUGACACACCUACCAAUAAUAACAACAACAACAAUGCUAACAACAACAACAACAACAAAGAUAAUAAUGUAUCACAACAACAACAACAACAACAACAACAACAACAACAACAACAACAACAAUCAACAAAAGUAGAUCUGUGUUGUGAGAAUCAAGGGAAUAUUAAAGUUAACUAA